UGGAAUUGUAUUUUUUGACUCUCUUCUCCUGAGAGCUAUGACGGUAAUCAUAAGGAUUGUUGAGCAUUUCUUACCCAGUGUUCUCUGACUUUCGAGCUCCAACCCUCCUCCUUCCCUACUGAUCGGUCCUGGAUCGCCUACAUCAUCUCCCAACUUAUCGGGAAAGCCCGGGCAUGGGCAACGGCCCUCUGGGAACAGCAGGGGGUCUCCUGUAGUGAUUACAGAAGCUUCACAGACGAGAUGCGUCGGGUGUUCGACCAUCCAGUAGGGGGCAGGGAUGUUGCCAACAGACUGCUCCAGUUGCGUCAAGGUGCCUCCAGUGUUAUGCUGUUCAGUUCCGCACCCUUGCAGCAGAGAGCAAGUGGAACAUGGAGGCUCUCAUGGCAGCUUUCCGAUAUGGUCUUUCCAGUGGUAUCAAGGAUGAGAUGACCGCUAAAGAUCCACCUCCUGACCUAGAGACUUUGAUCGAUCAGACCAUCCGGCUUAACAGACUCCGGGAGAGGAAUCAAGAACGACAGCCUGAAUUUCGCCCAACCUCUGGAGCCAGUCCUUCCACCCAGAGUUCUAAGCAGUGGUCCCAUGAGGUCCCAACCACACCUCCUGCUACAGAAGAACCUAUGCAGCUAGGUGGAGCCCGUCUCUCUCAAGCUGAACAGGAUCGUAGAAUGAGGGAGAAGUGCUGCCUAUAUUGUGGUAAACCUGACCACUUCCGUUCCUCCUGUCCUGAGCUUACGGGAAAAGGCCGUUCCCAUCCGGAUUCGAAGGCGAUGAGUGGACGCACCGGCUGUUUUUCAAGCGCUCAUAAAUGAUUUCCUCAGAGAGUUGUUGAAUCGCUGUGUCUUUGUCUACUUGGAUGAUAUAUUGAUUGAACAUGUUCACCAUGUCAGAAUGGUCCUGCAGCUUCUGUUUGACAACCACCUCUUUGUCAAACCAGAGAAAUGUGAGUUUCAUGUCUCCGAAGUCUCAUUCCUGGGGUUUAUCCUGUCUAGUGGAGGCCUUCGCAUGGAUCCCAAGAAGACUCAAGUUGUUUGAGACUGGCCUCAACCUACCUCUGUCAAGGAGGUUCAGCGUUUUCUGGCUUUUGCUAAUUUCUAUAGGAAAUUCAUCAGGAACUUCAGGUCUGUGGCUGCUCCUCUGUCCAACCUCACUAGGAAGAAGCCUGGCCCAUUCAUCUGGACUCCAGAGGCAGAACGAGCCUUCCAAGAUCUCAAGGUGAGGUUUACUUCAGCUCCCAUCUUGACACUGCCUGAUCCAUCUCUUCCGUUUAUUGUUGAAGUAGAUGCCUCGGAUGUUGCAGUUGGUGCGGUCCUCUCCCAGUGUCCUACAGAUGGCAAGCUCCACCCAUGUGCCUUCUUCUCUUCCCGCCUCUCUGAUGCUGAGAUGAAUUACGAUGUGGGUGACCGGGAACUCCUAGCUAUCAAGUUGGCCUUAGAUGAGUGGCGGCAUUGGCUCGAGGGGGCACACCCUUUUGUUGUGUGGACAGACCACAAAAACCGUCUCAACUCCAGGCAGGCUAGUACUCUCCCGGGUCCUGCAGUGGGGGCAUUCUUCACAGCUGACAAGUCAUCCUGGCACUGGAAGAACGCUGGAGUUUCUGAAGAGGCGGUUCUUGUGGCCAGGGAUGACCACAGAUGUAAAGGCUUUUGUUGCUGCUUGUCCGGUCUCUCCCCUUUUGAGUGCCAGUUUGGGUUUCAGCCUCCCCUGUUCCCUGACCAAGAAGCAGAUGUCAGUGUUCCCUCUGCCCAUCACUAUGUCAGACGGUGCAGGUGUGUCUGGCACAAGGUUCCAUUGGCUCUGAAGAGGUCUGCUCGCCGCUCCCAACUCCAGGCCAAUCGUCGACGCAGAUCUGCUCCAUCAUUGCGUCCUGGGCAAAGGGUUUUGCUCUCAGCACGUGACCUUCCCUUGCGGGUGGAGUCCCGCAAACUGGCCCCAUGGUUUGUAGGGCCUUUCAAGAUUUUGAAGAGGGUUAAUCCUGUCUGCUAUUGGCUUCAGCUUCCACGGACUAUGCACAUUAAUCCCACCUUUCAUGUCUCCCGCCUUCGCCCAGUCUCCACCAGUCCAUUGGUACCUGCCACUAAACCAUCACCCCUCCUAGGAUCGUUGACGGGAAACCGGUCUACACUAUACAUCGCCUUCUGGACUCCCGUCGAGUCGGAAGGGGUCUCCAAUACCUUGUGGACUGGCAGGGAUAUGGUCCAGAGGAGCGCUCCUGGGUUCCGGCUCGGGAUAUUCUGGAUCCUGGCCUCAUUAAAGACUUUCAUCGGGAUCACCCAAGUUGCCCCAGAGGGAACGUCAGGAGACGUUCAUAGAGGGGGGGGGUCCUGUUAUGAGUUUGUGCCUGUAAUUCCAGUUUUGUCCAUGAGGGGUCACUGUUGGGUUUUUCUGUUGCUGUUCACCUUCCAUGUUUGAUAAUUAGUCAUUAGUGUGUUCACCUGUGCUUGUUAACUUCACUAUUUAAGCCACUGGUUUUCCUUUGUUCUUUGCUCAGUCUUGAGUUGUCACUCGGGUGAAAAUGCUGAUCAAGUCUGGUUUUCGUGAGUUCUUUUUGACCUUGUUAUUCUGAUGUUAUGUUUUUGUUUCUACCUCUGUUAAGGUUUCAUUUCUAUCCGCCAUGAUGUUCAAUAUAUUGUUGUAAUCCAUCCAUUAAAGAAUAAUUCAAGUA